AUGGACACAGUACAAGCAAAAGACCCUGCAAUCUCUAUUAAAAUAAGGAAAUGUGAGGAUGUCGCAGGACCAUCAUCACUGAAUGACAACAAGUGUGCAAAAAGUGAAGUAGAUGAAGGUAGCAGUGAAUUGACAAAAAGUACUGAAAAGAAAGGACAAAAGAAAUUCGUGGUAUACAGUUCUUCAGAGAAUGAUUCUAGUAUAGAAAGUGACUCAGAGAAUGAUUCUAGUAUAGAAAGUGACUAUAGUACAGAUUAUGGUGAAGGCAGCAGUUCACACAAGAGAGGGUUAAAAAGAAAAAGUAAAGAUGACCAAAUUGAAGAACAAAUCAGAAGUAAAAAGAAAGGAAGGAGAUAUGUUAAUUGGAAUAAGGAGGAUGAAAAGGUUGUAAGAACAUACUUCAAGGAUUAUGUCGAAGACGUGUCUAAAGAAAAGUCCAAAGGAUCACUACCUGGUUUUAAGGCCAUUGAAGUAUUUAUGAAAAAAUAUCCAAAAGUAAUGGCCAAUGAAACAGACCCUGUUAUUAGGAGAGAUCUUAUAAAAUACAAAGUCUUCAAUGAAAGAAAUAAGACCAGGAAAAAUUAUCAGCAGAGGAAGAAUAAAUAUUCCAUGUAA